ACGUGUUUCUCCUUCGGUUAUUGGCAGGGAUAGUCACCGGAACUGCAACUCCUCUCUGGUGCUUGAGGGGCUGAACUUCAUCCCGAUUGCCUCCUGCCUAGACGGACUGUGUUACAGCACACGUAUACAUAAGUAUAAUAUUGGGAAUCGGAUACUGCAGCCAUCCCUAUCAUAUACAUCAACAUGAACACGGUUAUCGUGUUCCUUCUUUUCGUCUCUCUGGCGUACACUUGGGUGAUAGAAGACAACGCUCAACUGGCGCCAAGCGAAUUGGACAAUGCUGAAUUGGUUGAACCAUUGGUUGAGAUCAGCGAACGUGCAAAAGGCUCUGGGAAACGGAACAAGAAGAAGAAGACAACGACGAUGGUUCCCACAACCGUCGCAACAGAAACAGAAUCUCCAACAACGACAACAACAACAGAAGCAACUACUGUGACCGCACCGUCUUGCGAAUCAGAAAAGGAAAAGGGUGGAAAGAAAAAAGACAAGAAGAACAAGAAGAAGAACAAGAAUCAGACGCAGAAGCCGAAUCCACUACGGGAGUGAGAACAAUAAGAAAGCGGGAGGGGGGGAGGGGGCUUUUCAACUUCUUUUCAAAACCUUGAAGAAAUAAACGAUACACAGAUACGGAACAUC